AUGAAAAAUUUAAAGCUGUAUCGCUGUAAAAUAUUGACAGACAUAUAUGUCCAGAAUAAAGAACUCGAAGAAUAUUUGAAUAUACUAUAUUAUUUAGAUCAUUCAAAUAAAGAUUUUAUAGAGAAUUUAAAAAUUUUUAUUUUUGAUGAGUUUUAUAAUAUUCAAGAUGAUAGUGAAAAAGAAGGAGAAGAAAUAAAUUCAAAUGAUAAUUGUGUAAAUGAUAAAGAGGUUGAAAUAUAUAGUACUUCUGAAGAAAAGAAAUUGUUGAAUAAUAAAAUUUUAGAAUAUAAAAAAUCUUUUGAAAAUAAAAUGAUUUAUAAUAAAGUAAAUAAUGAGAUGAGAUAUUAUGAAAUAUUUAUUUUUUAUAAUAAUAAAUUCCAUGAGGAUAUAAUUUAUAAUAGUAUAGGUCUAGAAAUAAGCGAGUGUGCAUAUAAUAUGAAUAUCAUGGAGCAUUCAAAGGAAAUAUUAAUAUUAUCAUCAGAUGAUGAUUAUAAAAAUGUAGAAGAUAUAAAAUCUGUAGAUAAGGAGAAAUUUACAAAUGAUGAAAAAUUUAUGAAUAAUAUGUAUAUUAUAGAUGAUAAAAAAGCUCAAAAUAAUAUGAAUAUAUAUUAUCCUUAUAAUAACAAAACAGAAAAUAAAAAAAUAAAGAAAAUAUUAUCGUCUCUACAAAUAAAUGAUAUAAAUAAUUUUUCUGGUACGUUAUUAAAAUUUCCUCUAAGGAUAAAUGUUGGAAAAAUGCAUAUGUGUGAUAAAAUAAUAAUGGCUACGAUUGAUUGUAUGUUAUUUAUGAAUAAUAUAAAAAAUAUUGAUAUUGAAAUGAAUGAUUCAUGUAUAUAUAAUUUUGAGAAGACAAAAAAGUUUAUAAACAUAUCACCAUCAUUUUAUUCGGAGGAAGAAAAUAUAGAUUUGUAUAAAGAUAUUAGUUAUAUAUCAGUUGAAUAUACGAAUGAAAAGUUAUGCACUGAAUAUAUAUUAUAUAAUAAAAAUUUAAAUAAUAACAAUAAUAAAAGUGAUAAUGAUUUUUCUAAAAAUGAUGAAAUAAUAUUUAUCUAUACAACAUCAGAUAUGUAUGAAAUACAAAAGUAUUAUGAUAAGAAAAAAGAAAAUAUAGAAUUUAUUCAUCUUUUUAAUAAUAAUAUAUUUUUUAUAAAAUGCAUGGAUACUCUUCCUAUAUAUAUAAAAAGUUAUGAUAGCAAUAAAAUUGAUAAGAUAAAAAAUAAUUUAUUUUGUUCAAAUGAUAUAUCACAAUUAAUAUGUAAUGAAUAUAUAGUAUUCCUCCUGUUAUUACGUGAGUUGAAUAAAUUUAACAAUGCAUAUGAUUAUUCUUCUUAUUUUCCUCCAUUAUAUAUAUUAGAGCCUUCCAAAUUUGACAUAAUAUCUUAUUUAUUAUAUGACAAAUUAUUUGACGACAAAAAAAGAUUAAAAUUAUUUUUUAAUAAAUAUAAUAUGCAGUGGUUAGAUUUUAAUGAGUGUCUAUUUUUGUCAAGUGAGUUAAAAUGUUUAAUUGAUGACAAUACAUUAUAUGAUAUUAUGAAAUAUUCAGAUGUAAAAAAUAUACUUUAUUUUGAUGAUAAAUUGAAACAUGCCUUAUAUUAUUACUUGAAUGAGUUAUGUAAGGAAAAAAAAAAUUAUGAGCGUAUUAUAAAAAUAGUAGGCAACAGCUUGAUAUACAUUGAUGACAUUCCUGCUAAUUUGUUGAGUAUAUGUAAAAAUUAUAAUGAAGAAGAAAAAUUAAGAGAUAAUAUUACUAAGAAAGUUACAAGUAAUAAUAGUAAUAAUAAUAAUAAUAGUAAUAGUAAUAAUAAUAAUAUUAUUAAUAAUAGUAGUUAUAAUCCUUUCAUCAGCACUAACGACAACUAUGAUAGUUGUGUAAAUGGUAUAUCUCUUAAAAAUGAGAACAGAUUUUUUUUGGAUAUAAUUGUAGAUAAUUUGAAAUAUAUGAAAUAUGAAAAAUGUUUAAAUAUAUUAUGUCAUAUGUUACAAUUAAAUGAUGAAUGUAUUGAUAAUUGUGUAAGGAAUUAUUAUUGUAUUCCAAAUGAAAUGAAAAAAUUAAAAAAAAUUGAUGAACUGGUUUAUCCAAUAGAUGAAGUUUAUUACGAUAAAUUCAAUCAAGAAAAGUACUCUAUAAAUAUUGAAGAAAAUAAAAUGAAUGAUAAUUUUAAAUAUGAAAAAAAACAAAUGAGUGAUUUUAUUGAUAAGGAAAAUUUAAUAUCAUUAGAUUUUAUGAAUCUUAUAGGAAAACAAAAAUUAAAUAAAUUAAAAGUUUGGGGUUUAAAAAUUAUUGAAGAAGAUUAUAAAUUUAACGACAAUAUAAAUGAUAUAUUAUAUGAUUUGAAUAAAUUAUAUUUUAGUACAAAUAUAUAUGAAAAUAAAUUGAAAAUAUUAAAUAAAAUUAUAUCAAGAAUUGAAAAAAAUAUACAUUAUUUGAAAGAUUCCUAUAUAUUAGAAAAAUUAAAGGACACAUUUUUUUUACCUGUGUAUAGAAAUAAAACAAUGAAUAUAGAUAGUCAAGUAAAUAAGAAGACAAUAAAAGAUAAUGUAACAAAUAUGAUAGGAUGUGAAAAGGGUUUAUGUGAUGAUAAAAUGAUAAUAAAAAUAGAUGGUUAUCAUAUAAUAAAUGAUGAUAUAACAAAGGAUGAUGAUAUAAAAAAUAAUGAUAUAGCAAAUGAUGAUGUAACAAAUGAUGAUGUAACAAAUGAUGAUAUACCAAAUGGUGAUAUAAUAAAUGAUGAUAUAACAAAUGGUGAUAUAAAAAAAAAUAAUAUAUUAAACAAUGAUACUAAUAAUUAUAAUGGUAAUAAUGAUAUAUAUGAAGAUAGUGAAUAUAAUUACUCCCAUAAUAAUAAUAAUAUAAAAAAUCUUGUACAGAUAUCACCAACAUUUAGUAAUAAAUCUAUAAUAAAUAAUAAUAGUAAUAUAAGAAACUAUUAUAUUGAAUCGUCUUCUUCCUUAUUAAAUAAUAAAAAUAAAAAAAAUGGUUACAAUAAUUUUAUUAAAAUUGCUGAUUCGUAUGAUAAGAAAUAUUAUAACUUAUUAUUUUUAAUAAAAAUAUGUUAUAGCACAGAAAAUAUAAUUAUGUCUUCAGAACUGUGUGAGCUUUUAGAUAUAUAUAAAAAACCAUCAAUAAAAGAUAUAUUAUCUCAUAUGAAUUUAUUAACAAGAAAUUUUAAAAAUAAUUAUAUGCAAAAUAUGUUUAAGGUAUAUGAUUGUAUAUAUGAAUAUUUUGAAAAUUAUAUUGUAGAAAAUAUAUUGAAUGGAAAUAAUUCAACCAUUUUUAAAAAUAAAAAAGACUCCCCAAAGAAUAAUAUUAAUAGUUAUAAUAAUAAUAGUCAUAAUAAUAAUAGUUAUAAUAUUAAUAGUCAUAAUAAUAAUAGUCAUAAUAAUAAUAGUCAUAAUAACAAUAGUCAUAAUAAUAAUAGUCAUAAUAAUAAUAGUCAUAAUAAUAAUAGUUAUAAUAUUAAUAGUCAUAAUAAUAAUAGUCAGGGACAUAAUACCAUACUGUCAAAUUCAUCCAAUGAAAUUUAUAUAGAACAAUUACAUAUAGAGGAGCAUGAAAAACUUAUACACUUUUUACAAAAUAAUAAUUAUUUAUAUAUUAAAAAUAAACUAUGGAACCCUAAAGAUGUAUAUUAUCAUUUAAAAAAUGUAUCCUUUAAUAUUUUUCUUUGUGAUCUACCAAAAUUAUAUAGAAUCAAAUACCCAAAUAUGUUGAAAUUAAGUGGUAUACAAUGUAAAUUAUUUCAUUCCAAAAUAAUCUCUAUUUUGAAUAAAAUAAAAAAUAAAAUAGAAAUGAAAUAUAAGAAAAUGGUUGAAUGUAAUAAGCUUAAUAAAAAAACUAACAAAUUAUGUAAGAAACAGUUGAAUAAUAGUGAUCGUAAUUCUAUAACACAUAAUCAAUAUGUAAAUGAAAAAAAGGACGACGUAUUAUUACAGCUAACUGGGCUUUUAAGAAUGUCAUAUAUGAAUACAAUAAAUUUAAUUGAUAUUUCUAUAUGUGAUAAUAUUAAUGAUACAGAAUCUAUGAACAAAGACGAAUUAUAUUAUAAUGAAGAGAAUAAUAUUUCUAGUGGAAAUAAAAAAGAUAAUAUGAGUAUAGAAAAAGGGAAAUUAACAUGUAAAUGUUUUGAUAAUAUAUAUUUACCAAAUAAUAAAUAUUUUUUAAUAAAAAAGCAACAAUGUGUAUAUAUUAAAAAGGCUAUAUCUCACAAUAAUAAUAAUAAUAAUAAAAAUAGUAAUAAUAGUAAUAAUAGUAAUAAUAGUAAUUGUGUAAGAAAUGAUUAUUAUGUUAUACAUAAAGAUAUAAAGGAAUGUAUUAUUCAUUUGUUAGAUAUAUCAAAAGCUCAAAAAGAAAAUAAGGAAAAUACAGAAGGUAAUGAUAUUAAGGAUAGUAAAGAAAAUAUUAACUAUCAACCAAAUACCAAAUACAAUAUUAAUAAUAAUAAUAAUAAUAAAUUUAUUAAUAAUUUAAAUAAUAAAAAAAAUGCUAAAAUUAUUAAGAAUAAAAUUGAGAUUUUUAAAAAGAAUCAAGAAUUAUCUUUUAAAAAAAUCAAUCCAUAUAACUUAAAAUCGCCAAUAGAGAAGAUUAAAAGUGAAGCAUUAAACAAGGUCAACCCAUUGACUUAUAAUAUCAAUAAAAAAAAAAAUAAGGACACAGAUCCUAGUUUAAUACGUUAUAUUGAGAAAAAAAAAGAAACAUCAGAAAUUAAAAAAAAGAAAAUUCCUCUACCAAUAAAAAAAAAUGACAAAUUAAAUUUAUCAUCUAUACAGAGUUGUAAAAAUGAUAUUAUAAAAAACAAAAAUAGAAUUAAUGAUUGUAAUGGAGAUAUAAAUAAUGAAGCAUGUUCCAUAUCUGAAAAAAGGAUAAGAAAAAUAAUACAUUCUAAUCCGAAUAUUAGUAGUGAUAAAAAAAUCGAAAAACAAAGAAACGAAUUAAGCGAAACAAGAUUAUUUAAGGAUAUAAAAAAUUUAAUUUAUUUUUUAGAUGAUAUAGGUUGUUUUGAUAUAAAAUUUAUUUUGGAUAAGAGAAUUUUUAAUAAUACGUAUGAGGAUAUACCAAAAAAGUUUUUAAAAAGAUCAUGUCUACAUUUAUAUAUAAAAUUUAAGAAAGAAAUAUAUACAAAUCUGUUAAUUAAUAAAAAUGAAAUGAAUAAAUAUAUAGAUAUAUAUAACAUUUCAACAAUGAACACAUAUACAUGUGAUGAAAGUGGUAUAGCAGAAUCUUUAAAAUCUUGUAAUGAUUUAAUUUGUUUAUAUCUAUUCAAACAUUUUUCUUAUAUGUUAGAUUAUUUGUUACUAUUAAAUGGAAAUAAUAUAUCAGAAUGGUAUAAGCUCAAGAAAGAAGAAUAUAAAAAUGAUAAUUUAAAUGAAAAUAAUUUUAUAUCUAUUUCGAAUGAAAACGAUACAAAUCAAGAGGAUAUACAAUCUAAUAGUAACCAUUAUACUUCAACUGAGGAAAAUCAAACAUAUAAACAAGUAGAUAAAAAAAAUACAUAUCAAAAUAUGGAUAGUAAGAAACAAGAUUGUGAAGAGAAAUAUAUUAUAUAUAAAAGAAAAAAUGUAUCUUUAAAUGAAAAAGAUAAAGUAUUGAUGAAAAAUAUUUUACUUUAUGAUCGUUUUGAUAAUAUUGGUAGGGUUAGAAAAUCGACACUUAAUUUAUCUUGUAUAAAAAAAAGAAAAAAUAAUAUACUUGUUAAGGAAAGAAAUCAAAAUAGAGAAAAAAGAAAGGAAGUAAUAAAAAUGAAAAUAUUGGAUGAUAAUAUUAUAGAAAUGAAUCAAAGUCCAAAUAUAAAAGAAAAUGAAAAAAUGAAUGAAAGUGAGAAUAUGAAUUCAAAUGAUGAAGAAAUAUAUGAUAUUUCCAAUUUAGAAAAAAAAAAAAUAAAUGAGGAAGAAGAAGAAAAUAAUGAUGAAAAAAUCAUAUGCAUACGUAUGUAUAAUAAAAACAAAAUACCUUUAUUAAAACUUGUAGAAAAAGCAUUUUUGGAGUGUAAAAAAUUUAAUGAGAACUUUCUAAUUUUUUCAAAAAAUAUUAUAAAAAUAGAUUUUAUAAAAAUAUUUGAAAAGGAUGAACGUGCAGAAAUAAUAACCAAUUUAGGAAUAAGUAUGUCUGAAAAUCAUUUUUAUUUAAGAGAAAAAUUUUAUAACUCAAUUAAAAAUUUAUAUCCAGACAAUUUAAAUAACAUAGGAGAUAAGCUAAAUGUCUACAAUAAUAAUAUUAAUAUUAAUAGUAAUAAUAUUAUAAAUAGCAAUAGUAGUAAUAAUAUUAAUGAGAAUUAUAAUAACCAUACUAUAAAUACGAAAGAACAAAAAUUAGAAAUAUUUUUACAAUGUCAAAUAUAUAAUGGUAAUAAAUCAAGUAGAUGGAUUAUAGGAUUAUUAGAAAAUACUUGUAUUUCUAUAUGUUUUGAACAUUAUCAGAUAUUUAGAAAAUAUUAUUUAUUUCAUAAUUUAAAUAUUAUAUCAAAUAUAGAGAGCUUACCUAUGCAUAUUAAAAUAAACGUUUUCAAUAAUACUUUUUCUAAUUUGAAAAAAACAUUUAGAGAUGAUGAAAAUGUGUCAUGUAUAGUUAAGAAUGUUUCCAUUUUAUAUAUCCAUUUUCUGAAGUUAGCUUAUCGAAAUACAGUAAAAAAAAUAUUAAAACAUGAUACAAGUAAAAUAUUAUAUAAACAUAAGGAUAAAUGGAUAAAAAAGAAAAAAAAAAUCAAUUUAAAUAAAAAUAAUAAUAACAAUGAAUUGAAUACUAAUAGUGAAUGUAUAGAAUAUAAAAAUUGUUCUUAUAAUAAUAAUAAUGAAAAUGAUAUACAAAAGAAUAAUUAUAUAUAUAAAGUUGAUAAAUGUGAUAUAAAAGAAUUUAAUGAAAUCUAUCAAAUUAUUAAGAAUAAAUAUCUGAAUUUUACUCCCAAAAAAUAUGAUAAAAAUGAUUUGUUUAAUAAUGUUGUUAAAAAUGUUGUUUUAAAUUGUUAUGAACUUCAAAUAUUACCAUGUCUUCAAAAGAAAGAUACAUUAUAUGCAUUAUAUUGGGAUAAUAUAUAUGAUUGUAUUAAUAUAUAUCCAUUUUGUAAAUAUGUUAAUCAUAUAACAUUCUUUUUAUUAGAUCUUGGACUAAAGGUUCUUUUACCUUAUUAUGAAAUUGAUAAUCUUAUACACAUUCAUAAAUUAGUUAGGUCGUCAUUAAAUGAAACAAUUCAUUUAAAUAACAAGAAUUUGGAAGAUACUAAAAAUGAAAUGAAUAGUGAUACAAAGAAUGGAUAUACUUUUUCAAAAUAUAUAUAUAAUAAUAAUAGGAAUAUCCCCUUUUGUUCAUCUAUUCAUAUGCUUAAUAAUGAAAAUGUAAUUAGAAAUGUAUCUAAUAUUACUCCAUCUUAUUUAAGAAACAAAAUAAAAAGUCAUAUAUCAAUAUAUGUAUGUUUUGUAAAAGAAUGCUUAAGUGAAAUGAGAGGAUCUUCAGUUAUGUAUUUACUUGAUUAUCUUUUUUCAGAUGUUAAAAAAAAUGAUUCAAAUGAUACCAUAAAAAAAUAUAUAAAAAGUAUCCCUGUUUUUGCUAUCCUAAGUUGUGAUGUAUUAUAUUUGAAAAGGAAAAUACAAACUUAUCUGUAUGACAAAUUGGGUAGAAUAAAGGAGGACUACCAUAUUGAAAAUAUGUUUGAUGAUAAUGAGAAUAAAUAUGAAGGUAAUAAAAAUAAACAUAAUAAAACGGCUGAUCAUAAAAUUGAUGAAAUGGAUUAUUAUAAUGGAUAUACUAUAUAUACUAACAACAAUAAUAAUAAUAAUAAUAAUAAUAAUAAUAGUAGUAGUAAUAAUAGUAAUAAUAGUUGUAAUAAUAACAUUAAUAUUAUUAAUUAUAAUGACAACUUAAUAAAUGUAAAAAGAGAAGUAAAUAUAUCUAGAGGAACAUAUAAUUCUCAUGUAAUCAUUCAUUCUAAUGAUAUAAAAACUUAUAAUGAUGAUAAUAAGAAUUCUUUAAAUAAUUUUUUUGAUCCAAAAAAUAAUAGAGAUAUAUCAUUACUUUGUGAUGAUUUUGUUAAAAUAAAAUUAAAACAUUUUGAUACAGAAAAUUUUUUAAAUUUUGAUAAUAUUCAUUUAAUUAAGUAUGAUGAAGAUCAAAAAAUAUAUUGUUCUAAAUAUUUCUAUAUGUUUGAUUUAAGUAAAGUUAUGUUUAUAAAUACACAUCUAUACUCUUCUGGCAUACUUUCCUUAUUAAUAGAAACAGAAUGUAUAUUAAAAUUGACUUUUAAAAAUUUAAUAGAUAUUUUAGAAUAUAAUCUUUACCCAAAUAUAUUUCAUUUUUGUUCAACAUAUAAAAUGAAAAAUAAGGAAAAUAUUAAUAAAAUGAAUGAUAUUAUUAAAAGAACAAAUGAUACAUUUAUAAAUAAUUAUGAUCAUAGUAACAUAACAAAGGAUGUAGUGGUAAAACAUAUUGAUACGUUAAAUAUAAAUAAUUCAUGUGAUUACAAUAACAAAAUAGAACAAGGAAUAGAAUAUUUUAAAAUAUAUUCUAUAUAUGAUAAUUAUAUGAAAAUACCAUAUGAUAUAAAUAUUAUUAUUUAUAAUAGGCUCUUAUUAGAUAUGGUAAAUGAUAUAUAUAAAGAAUACAGUGAUAUGAAUUUUUUAGAAUAUUUGAAAGAUUUUCGUUUAUUAAUAACAUAUGAUACUCUUAAUAAAAAUGAAAAUACAACAUAUAUGUAUAUUCAUAAUAUAAAUGAUAUAAAAGAUAUCAUAAAUAUAAAUUUCAUGGAUCCAAAUGUUGAACAAGUGCUAUAUUCAAUAGGUUAUAGAAAAAUACAUAAUAGUUUAUCAAAUAAUAGUAUUUUUAACCAAUAUUUAUUAAAUGAUUAUGAAGAUAUAUUAUUAUCCUUAUAUAGAAAUAUGUCAUGUAUUAAUUGGUCAGAUUUAAACAAUACUCAAAUACAUACACUUCUUUCUGCUUUCUUAUCUAACAUUAAAUUUAAUAGUAAUAAUAUCUCAUAUUUGAAACCUUUACCGAUAUUUUAUUCAUUAAUUGAUUCUCAAUUUGUAAAUAUUAUUAGUAAGCAUAAAAAAUAUAUUGUUAUCGGAACAAAUUAUGAAAAUCUAUUUUUGAGUAUUAUAAAUGAAAUAUUUCAGAAGGAAAAAAAUUAUAAUGAGGAUAUUAUGUUAUCUGAAGGUGAUAAUAUAACUGAACGUAUUAAAGAAAACUAUAUAAAUAAAUAUUACAUAAAUAAUAGUACAUCAACUGAUAAGAGUGUACAAGAUAGUAAUAAGAUACCUCCUGUUUUAGAUAAUAUGAAUAUCAGAAAUCAAAACGUAGAUGAAAUUAAUACUACUGAUAAUAAUAUGAACGAUGAUAAUUUUAAUUAUAAUAUUAUCUUAUCAAGUAUUCCAAAAAAUGAAAAAACAAAUUCAUAUAUCUUGAACUCUAAUGAAGAAAUAAAUUCAACAAUAAUAGAUAAUUCAUAUAAUAUAAUAAGUAAUAUUAUGAAUAGUAACUCUAAUAAUGAUAAUAUAUAUAAUAUAUAUAAUAUCAUAACGUCAAAUACAGAUGAAAAUAAAUUGAACCUUAAAUAUAUCUUUCUCCAUCAUUCAAAUAUUAAUAUGGAUUAUUGGAAAUAUAUAAAUAUAAAAUACUGGUAUGAUUAUGAUAUUAUUUUGUAUUUCCUUUUAAAUCUUUUAAAAAAUUGUAACAGUGUUCACCUAUUUGAGAAUGUCAUACUUUUUAUAUACCAGGAAUAUGAACGAGUAUAUAAAAAAAGGUUUGUUGAAAAUAAUACGAGUAGUAACGAAUUAAAUAAUAUGAAUGAUACAAAUAAUAUAAAGAAUACCAUUCAUUCAGAUAUAUCUUAUAGAGAUUUUUUAAUAAACAUUAUUUCUGAAUUAAAAGAAAUUCCUUUAAAAUUUAAAGGAAAUUUAAAAUGUUCUCAACUUUACAAUCUUAAUAAUGAUGUGUAUAGAGAAUUUAUUUAUAUAAACAAAUUAUAUAAUUUUUCAAAGUUACAAAAUUUUCCCUAUGAAAAGAAAUUUUUAGAAAGCCUAAAUUUUCAUUACAUGCCUAACAUUAUGGAAAUUAAUAAUUUCCUCUUAAUUUUAAUUAAUAUGUUAAAACAAAAAGGUAAUAAUGUAAUAGAUAAAUCAGCUAUGGAAAUGAUUUUCAACAACAUAAAUCUUGAUUUUAGUAGAUAUGAUACAAAUUAUGAGGAAGAACAUUUAAAUAAAAAGAUAUCUGUACUUUUAAAAUAUAUUAACGAAAACUUGAAACACCUACUAUCACAAAAGGAUGAAAAUUUUACAUAUUUAGUAAAUUCUCUUAUAGGAUUAUUAAUGCAUGAUCAAAAGUUUGCAGGAAAAAUAAAAACUUACGAUAUUUUAUUUAUGUAUUAUACACAAAAGGAUAAAGAAAUAGGAGAUAUUAUGAAUAACACAAUUAAAAGUAAAGAAAUAAAUGAAACUACGAAUGAAGGUGACAAGAAUUUUAUAAAUAUCAAAAGUGAAUAA